AUGGUCACCACCGGAGACACCGAACAUGACCGAGUGAGCGAAUUGAGAGCAUUCGAUGAGACUAAGGAUGGAGUCAAAGGCCUUGUGGAUGCCGGGAUCACGCAAGUCCCCCACAUAUUUGUCCGGCCGCCUGACAGCAUGGCCUGCAGUGAGGAUCGCGUGGACAACCCAGUGAUUAAUCUAGGAUGCGCGAAUGCAGGCCCCGCCUGUCACAAGGAGACGGCGCAGAAUAUCGGGCAAGCAUUGGAAAAAUGGGGUUUCUUCCAGGUGAUCAACCAUGGGGUCCCUGAGACCCUCUUGGAGGAGGUGAUGGGGUGGGGUCGCGCAGCUGCUGAUUCGAGGGACAGCAUAUUUUGCACCAUGGGACCAGAGCCUCCCCAGCCUGAGGAGUUGACCGAAGCUUGCAGGUGA